AGGUCCCUGUGCCCUUCCUCCGCUGUUAGUUCCUGCUGAGGCUGGCGGAGGACUUAGGGAUGCUCCAGCGGUUGGUGUUCGGGCGCUGCUCGCCCCCGGGGCUGCUGCUGCUGCUUCUGUGCUUGGCGCGCAUGUGCCCGAGCGCUCCGCCUCGGCGGCCCGUCAACUUGGUGUUCGUGUUGGCCGACGACCUGGGCUGGGGCGACGUCAGCUGGCACGGCUCCGAGAUCAGCACCCCGACCCUGGACGCGCUGGGGGCGGGCGGCGUGCGCCUGGAGAGCUACUACACGCAGCCGCUGUGCACCCCGUCGCGCAGCCAGCUGCUCACCGGCAGGUACCAGAUCCAUACAGGUUUACAGCAUGAAAUAAUUUGGCCGUGUCAGCCCAGCUGUGUCCCACUGGAUGAAAAACUCCUGCCUGAGCUACUUAAAGAGGCAGGAUAUGUUACCCACAUGGUGGGAAAGUGGCAUUUAGGAAUGUACAAAAAAGAAUGCCUUCCAACCCGAAGAGGAUUUGAUACUUACUUUGGUUACCUUCUUGGAAGUGAAGAUUACUAUUCUCACAAGCGCUGUGUGGCCAUCGAAGCGAAGAACGUAACUCGAUGUGCUCUUGAUUUUCGAGAGGGAGAAGAAGUUGCAGAUGGAUUUGAAGACAUGUACUCUACUAAUGUGUUUGCAAAAAGAGCAGUAGAUCUUAUAGCUAAUCACCAGACUGAGAAGCCUCUCUUUCUCUACCUUGCUCUGCAAUCAGUCCACGAGCCUCUUCAAGUACCUGAGAAAUACACAGAGCCAUAUUCUUUUAUCAAGGACAAUAAGAGACGCAAAUAUGCGGGAAUGGUGUCCAUUAUGGAUGAAGCUGUGGGAAAUGUCACAGCAGCCCUGAAGAAGUAUGGCCUUUGGGACAACACGGUUCUAAUAUUUUCUACAGAUAAUGGGGGCCAAACACUGGCAGGUGGAAAUAACUGGCCAUUAAGAGGAAGAAAAUGGACACUGUGGGAAGGCGGAGUGAGAGGAGCUGGAUUUGUUGCAAGUCCUUUACUGAAACGGAAGGGAGUGGAAAGUCAUGACCUUAUCCACAUUUCUGAUUGGCUGCCAACCCUGGUGAAGCUCGCUGGAGGGUCUACGAAUGGCACAAAGCCUUUAGAUGGUUUUGAUGUAUGGAGAACAAUCAGUGAAGGCGAACCUUCCCCCAGAACGGAGCUGCUUCAUAACAUAGACCCGAUUUUUGUGGAUCCGUCUCCAUGUGCAGGUAUCAGCAAUAGAACUUCAUCACAGAGUAAUUAUUUUUCUUGGGAAGAUUCAAUUUUCAAUACCUCCAUACAUGCUGCAAUUCGACAUGGAAAAUGGAAACUACUAACAGGCAAUCCAGGUUGCUCCCACUGGUUUCCACCGCCAUCUUUAUUUAAUGAGUCAAAGGCUCUGUCUUCAGACCCUCCAACAAAGAAACUUUGGCUCUAUGAUAUUGUUAAUGAUCCUGAGGAACGAAGCGACUUGUCAGAACAAUAUCCUGACAUUGUGAGAAAGCUCCUUUUGCGUCUCCGGCACUAUGACAAUAACUCUGUUCCCGUGUUCUACCCAGAAAAUGACCCUCGUUGUGACCCAGGAACGACGAAAGCCUGGGGGCCUUGGAUGUAGGAAACUGCUCAGCAGCCUGAGAAAGGUAUAUCCAGGGUAGUCAUAGAGCUGAUUCCCACGUUAUAUUUGUGUACUUAAAAUGUGUGCAUCCUUGUGUACACCAGGGCAAAGUGUACAAAAAUGUUCCAUGGGAAUCAGCCCAUAGACUCAGGGACACAGACACUUCUGACUUGUUUAUUUUACCUCUUCAGCUUUCACUUCAGUCCAUUGCAUCCAGUUCUUAUUCAAAAGCUGUUUGAAGGAUCCAGUUUCACCAUCGUUUGUGCUUGAAGUUCUAUAGAAUCAUAAAUCUGCCAUUUGGAUGUUGGUGGGGUUUUUGCCAUCCAUGACAUGUCUCUGAAGCAGAGGGUAAAAUGAUGCUGCCUUCCCAAAGUUCCUGGCCAGCUGGGAAACAUUAUUUCAGUUGGAAAGCUCUGAGUCAUGGGGGGGGGAGGGGCAGGGCCUUCUAAAUUCUUUCGCAUCUGAAGUCAGAGGCUUGAUUUCAUACUUGCCGGGAGCCAGCUUUUAUCAGAGACUGACAGAGUUGUAAAAGAAAAGGAAAAAGAAGCCAAUUGUAGAGUUCCUUUUCUCUCUCCCCACCUUUACCUCGUGAGUCACUCUUAACAGGAGCAUCCUAGAAUCUCCAUGAACAGAACCUCUUAGCAGCUACACACCAAGGUCCUAGCGAUAGCCAAACAUGUCAGCUGUACACCCAAAAUGUCUUAUUUCCACAAUAUGAAUAUUGUGAUCCUUUACAUAGUGGUGGACAGGAUGGUGGCGUGGAGAUGUGUACCUGACCUCCCAGCAGGUGAGUUGCUGCUGCUUACCAGGAGGGAGAAGGGCAAGAUAUUUGUGGAGGGUGGCACAGUGCAUAUGACACUGGCAGGAGCACCAGAUUGACUCUGCUGGCACAUUUGCACUGCACCAAUCUUGCCACCACUGUGAACCUCCCAGUAAGCAGCAGCGGCUCACCUGCCAGGAGGUGAGGUAGCUGCCUCCACCCCACCAUUCCAUCUGCUACUGCCCUAUAAACAUAUUUACUCAGAACUUUCUGGACUGUUUUUGGUUUUUUUACACAAAGUCCCCUCACCAAAGGCUCCUGAUUAAACUUAGUAGUUAUGGGAUGAGAGGAAAGGUUCCGUAACCAAAUAACAGAAAACUGGGAGCAAUAAUAAAUGGACAAUUCUCACAAUGGAAGUGGGGUUCCUCAAAUAUCUGUAAUGAUACCAGUGUUUUUAAUAUGUCUGUAAAUGAUGUGGAGGUAGGUGUGAGCAGAGAGGCAGCCAAGUUUGCUGAUGACACUGUAUUGUUGAGGGUUUCAGUGAGAACUCCACAUAGUGGGUGGAAACAUAAUAGCGGUUUAUAGAAUUCUGCAUGAGGUGGAAAAAGUAGAUAGGGAAAAAUGUAUUGGGAGCUUCUUAAUCUGUGUCAUGUGUUCUUUUUAAAUAAAGGGGUGGUGGUCAGAUGCCAUCACAGGAUGAUGGUCAGAGUCUCAGCUGGUCAUUUUAUUAGAGGGCUCUAAUAAGUUUGAGCAAGUUGAAUUUACUAAGCAAGUUUCAAAACGUCUAAAUAUUGUAAUUUCCUUUAGACAAUCUUCUUGCUUUCUGGGUUUCCCCCCUCUUUUGAUGAUCUCAUGCAUUUUACAUUCUGAAACUUUUCAUUUGCAACCAGUGGACCACAAAUAAAUUAUAUUUGUC